GUUAUUUUCAACCAGAGGCAGUCUGCAGAAUAACUAACUUAUUUGCCCCUCGAAGAACGCUGUAAUUUGGAACAAUUGAGUUUAUGCCCUGGGUCAGGCAUCAUUUGUAAGGGUUUAGCUGUCUUUCUGGRCUAAUUUUUGYCAAGAUUUGGGKUUUCCUGUAGCCCAGUGCUUAUAAAUUUGGAGCGACAGUAACUUAAUGCCAGAGAUGAUUCUCUACAUAGACUGACACAGGACUUUAYUCAACGCCUGCAAUUUAUUGUGAUUAUUGAAUGAAUACAUGGUGCUUUGAAAGAACCGAAUUAUGGACCCUACCGAAAGCUUCAUGUUCCCCUCUGGAGCUGUCGGCGAUGGAUUGGUAGACGAAUAUGAAAACGACCCUAACGAGAAGUCACACGGAAGAUUAAGGAAACGUAAAAGCAACGUCUCAUUCAUGAAAGACGAUGAAUCUGACGACGACGAUACRGACAAACCAGAAACCAAGAUGUCCAGACAAAGUGGAGAGUCGGACAACGUGAAAGACAAAUUUGCCAGGGAAAACCACAGCGAGAUUGAAAGGAGACGUCGAAAUAAGAUGAAUGCAUAUAUUAAUGAGUUGUCUGAUAUGGUACCAUCAUGUACGGGAUUGGCCAGGAAGCCUGAUAAAUUGACGGUCUUGAGGAUGGCUGUUAACUACAUGAAAACUUUAAGAGAAUCAUCCAAAGAAGAAAAAUUAGCCCCUCAAGAUGUCAAUUACAAACCAUCAUUCCUUUCUGAUCAAGAACUGAAACACUUAAUCUUAGAGGCUGCUGAUGGAUUUCUGUUUGUUGUAAACUGUAAAACAGCAAUGGUUGUGUAUGUAUCUGACUCUAUAACUCCUGUCCUUGGACAACCACAGGCUGCCUGGAUGAACCAAUCCUUAUACGAUUUGAUCCAUCCUGAUGAUAUUGAGAAAGUACGAGAUCAACUGACCUCCUCAGAUUCCCCUGACGCUGGUCGRGUUUUGGACAUUAAAACUGGUAAUGUAAAGAGAGAUUCACAUGGAGCUCAUUCAAGAGCACAAGCAACUUCAAGAAGAAAUUUUAUCUGUCGAAUGAGAUGUUCAGAGAUGGAGGAUAGUUCUGAGACAGGAAAUAAAGACAAAUUAGGGGUAUUAGAUGAGGAAUAUGCCAUAGUUCAUUGUACUGGCUACCUCAAGAACUGGACGGGUAACAAUGGGACAGCAAGUUAUGGCGGAGAAGAUAAUAACACAACUUCGCUGGUUACAAUCGGCCGACUACAGCCUGCUAGUGCACCACAAAGUAGUGACCUGGUUGAUACUCCCACAAUAACUGAGUUUAUAUCACGACACAGCCUUGACGGCAAGUUUACAUUUGUGGAUCAGAGGGUGACUGAUGUUCUUGGAUACCAACCUCAAGAGCUAUUAGGACAACUCUGUUUUGACUUCUUUCAUCCUGAAGAUUUAAAACAUAUGACAGAAAGUUAUGAACAAGUGAUAAAGUUAAAAGGACAAACACUAUCUGUACGUUAUCGGUUCAGAAGUAAGGGUGGUGACUGGGUUUGGAUAAGAACAAGUUGUUUUAGCUUCCAGAACCCUUACACCGAUGAAGCUGAGUACAUUGUAUGCACAAACACCACAGUUAACAACUUCCAAAUCGACACUUCACUACCACAAAUAAUGGCUGGUUCUGGUAUGCCAUCAAGAGGAAGCAGUGGUCCAUACAGCAGCAGUAGUUCUGACUAUUCUCAAGUUUCACCAGCUAGUGCUCUUACUGGUCCUGAAAUGCAACAACAGCAGCAAAUUCUUCAAGCUCUGCAGCAGCAACAACGCAAUGCAAAGCAAGUGAUGAUGGGAGAUGAAACUAUCUUUCAUUUUCCUGGUCAAAGUCAAAGUGGUAUUCCAGAAAGUGGUCUAGAUGCACUUGCAAAGGCAGGAGAACUGAGUGAAAAAAGAGGCAUAAACCAAUCAACUAAAGACAUUUCACCCAAUCAAAGCAACUAUAAAGACCCAGGGAUGGCCCGYGCUGGUGUCUCACAAGAUGCUAUGGGACAAAAUGGUGCAGGAGUCCUUGCACCAGGAUCUGAAGCAUCCAAACARACAACUGAUUUGGAUAAGUCAUUAGAGUUCUCUACUGGUCAAGCAGGAAGUCUUCUUGCAGCAUUAGUGCAAAGACGGCAGGCUAUGGCAGCAGCCACAGGGUUACCUUCCUCAGCCUUACCUCAGGCGGCACUUUACAAUCAAAUGAUGUCCCAAGUCAAUGGAGGAAUGGGCAUGGUGCCACCUGGGAUGAGUAGAAUGAUGUCUCCACAAGGUGUAAGUCCAAUGUCACCUGUUGACGCUAUUAGAGGGCAAUCAGCAGCGUCUGGAAUUCCUGACAUGGGGUCUAGUGGUGCCAUGUAUGGUAGUGGAAUGAGAAAAGGGGACAGUCAGGAUAUGAGUCAGAUGGCUCAAAAAGGUGCAUACUCGCAACUUUUGUCAGAAAACAUGAGAAGUGGAGUACCACAAGGGAUGUGGCCAGCUAUGAUGGGACGGCAGAUGGAUGGUAACACUGGUAUGGCAAAUAACUCACCUAAUACAUCACAGACAAGUCGAUAUGGACAGGUACCAAGUACUACGACUGGUGGACCAAAUCAAUACCCGUUUUACCCAUGAUAACACUAUGCAGUUUUUGGCAUUCCUGCAACCUUGCAAACUGUCCAAUUCACUUCAUGCAAUGUUCURAAAACUGAUCAGAAUCAUACCACCUCCAACGAUGUGCAACCAGGCAGUAUUUUUACAUUGUUCUAAUCUGUUUUAGGACAAAAAACAAUGUCAGUAUGCAAUUGAAAUGCACUGAUGUGUGGUGGUCCUCCUUCAAUGCAGUCACCAAUAUCUAUGUAAACAUCAAUGUGAUUCAAACUGCAUCUUUUUUAUCAAUGUAAUCUAUUAACCUAAUUUCUUACUAGCUAAUGUGCUUUAGAUUUCAACAAWGCCCAUUCCUAAGGGACUUAAGAGUGACACAUAUAGAGCUUUAAAGCCAGGUUUACAUGAGCAAUGCAAGCACAAAUGUACAGUACAUUGAAAAUGCAAACACAAAUACAAGAAAAUAUAGAAGUUUCAUUUCUUGUUUAUGCAUUUGGUUUUGCGCUUGCAUUGGUUGUGUGAACCAGGCUUAAGACUGUUUAAGCUUGAACAAUACUCUAGUAUUUAUAGAGAUGGCAUGUUUGCACUAGUGUUUUAUUAAAUAACAAUAUAGAUGAUAAUAUUAUACAUAUUACUGUAAUGAGCAAAAGGUGUUUGUGUGUCAUGUAACCCCUGUGAAUUCUCUUGAAUGCUGUAAAUACUUCAUCAAACUGGAAGACCUACAAUAUGAGAUUGAUUAUGAUCAGACUUCUAUUUUCCAAUAUACAAAUCGCCUUUUUUUAAAGAUUUUAUGAACUUAUUUUAGAAUCCUAGUUGACUGCAUUGCUUUUUGCUCUAAGCAUGCUAAAAAUACAUUGUUUACUUUAUUGUCCAGUCAUGUUUGUUAGAUAAUACUUCCAGUAAGCAUUUCUUUCUGCUUGUCCUUUUUAACACCGUAAUCAUUAGGAUUAGUACAGAUAACAUAAGCUUUCAAUAAUAGAUUUAACCAAUAGAUGCUGGUAUUCUUCUGCAAAUAAGGGUACAUUUUGAAUUAAAAUCAAUGCAUUGUUGUUGACUAGAAUUCUCCAACCAUAUUUACAUGAACAUCAAGUAAUUAUUUAACAUAWUAAGUAGUGAGAUUCAGGAUUUUCUAGUUCAACUUGUUCUUGUAAAUGUGGCUGGUAGUCUUAAUGGGCAAGAUAAUAAUAAUUGUGAUACAGGUCGACACAUGCCACAGUUAUUCUGACUGGCAUGUGUKUUGACCUGYGCUAUUGCCUUUAAUAUAAAUCGUAUAUUAUAUAUURAAUAGACAUUGGUGGUGUGAUGGCACUAAACAGUAACUUGUCUGGUGAAAUGUUUCUGAUUAUUAGCGUUUCUUCAUGAUUCUUCAUGCCUGUUUUAGUGAAAAGCUCUCAUAAACAUAGUGAACAUACAAGUGGUUAUUGUAUGGAGCAUGAAGUAUUGCUGUGCUGUUUAUUUUUACUGCGUUUUAUGAUGAAGUUACUUUUUUAUUUUAGUCAUUGAGUUGCACAACUUUAUGCUCUUUACUGCUGCUUUCAUUUUGUUUUUGACUGAAAAAUGGCUUUAUUGUAGACAGCUUAGUUACUUUUAGUUGCACAUGACUAGAGCUCUACAGACAAACAGUGAGCUUGCUUUAUAUAACAUCUUGCACACUUAUAGAAAAUUAUUCUGAACUGUAAAGAGAACACUGUUCUUCCAAGUGCCAUCAAACUAGCAAUUAUCUACAGAAACUGCAUUAAAUUUCAUGCUGUCAAUAUUUUUGUUGACACAAGACUUGUAUAUAAAUAUAUCUUUCACUGGCUCAUUAGCAGCAAGUUACUAUAUAUACUUUGGAGUACUUAUAUUAAUUCCAUGAAAUAUCUAUGUAGGUGUUAUUUCAUGGAUAUAAUAUCAGCACUCUUGUAUGAAUUCAAAGACAAAGGAAAACUUUAUUUUUAGAAAUGUUCUUUACUAUACAUGACAUACUGUUCUUUGGUGGUAUUUUGUCGUUUUGUGCUAAUGUCCAUAUAUUGUAGGCCAUAGUAGAAUGUAAAAUGGUAGUAUGUUUUAUCUGUYGUAUAACUGUAUUUUCACUCAAACAAGAAGAAAAAUAUACCUGUGUGAAAUCUU